AAAUUACGACCAGGGGAAUCUCCGUUACCAACGGAUUUGAAUGUCGAGCACAUUUCAAGUUCAUUUCCUAUAGAAUCAUUGCCUAAAAUUAAACAUCCCCAAUCACGUUGAUAAUACGGACACGCACGGACUUUCAAGUAAUGUGAUUACAUAAAGAUGUUAGGUAUUGCGUAAGAAAUUAUCUCAAAUUACGCAACAUCAUCGUAUCUUUGCGUCACGUUGGCAUCGCGCGAAAUUUGAAAGUAACAACUAUAAAAAGAAAAACAAAAACAAAAACACCGGCGCAGCGCAAUUAAAAUUUGUUCAUUGUUCCACUUUAUUAAAUUGAUUGUUUUUCUCUCGGUCUCUUUGUUUUUAAUUAAUUACAAAAUCCUCGGUGCAAAGGUCGAAGCUGUUUAUUAACUUUUAUUCCCCCCAAGUGAUUGCGUGCGUGCUUGCGUGUAUUGAUUCUUUUUUCUAUCUUUCCUUGUCGCCGAUGCUUUGUUUAUUGCUGAACGCUAUAGACAUGGGCAACGGGGCUUCAGCAAAUUCCAUCUGGGCGCACGAAUUCAGACAGCUGAAGAGCAUCCACGAUGAGGCCUUCCUUGUCAUCCAGGAGGCAAUCAGUCUGGAGGAGAACGAGAGCCCCAACAGAGCUGUGGAAAAGUACAAGGAGGGCAUAGAGAAGAUAGACAGUGCCCUGAGUGUUGUGAUAACUUGUCCGGAGAGUCCAGAUGAUAAAUGGGUUGCAGCAUGCCAGAUGGUGCAGAAGAUGAAGCAGACCCGCGGCGAGCUUCUGGCGAGGAUCAAUUCAAUAACGUCCUCGCCCGGAUACAGGCACGAGGAGCCUCCACCCACCUACGAUGAUGCCACCUCGUCUACGAACAGUUCCGUUUUCACGUACACGCAGCUCGCCGAAGCUCUGGACAAUAUGCAGGAGGUGAAUCCGCAGGGACCGGCAGAGAUUCUCUUCACCCAUGACAAUGUACUAUUAUAUUUCAUCUCGGCGGACGGUAUCGUCAUUUCCACGUCGGAGCCGCAGACCUUGAAUAUCGCUUUAGUCUAUGGUGAUGAGGAAACGCCACCAAAAGCCUUUCUGCAAAUCGGCAAUUGGACUUAUCCAUUGGUGCCGGGCGUCUCACCUUGCUACAGGACAGAGUACAGGGCAUUCAUAUUUCCCGAUGUGCACUCGGAUAUCGAAGGGUCGACGGUUGCUUUCAUCUUGCCGGAGGAAGCGGAUCAAAUUGUACUCGAAUUGUUGGAGAGUCUUCUUCAUGGGGUCGUCAAGCAGAUUGGGCAGCGAGAUGAUCAGCUGGUGUUGAGUCGAGCUCGCAGGGAGCAGAGAUCCGCUACCGCAGACACCAUCCUCACCGGGGCCAAUUACAUUUCGAAGGGUCUCGUCUGGGGCGCUCAGAAGACAGGAGAUUUGCUCAACUACGGAACACCGAAACUUCUAAACAGCAUGAGACCUGCGCCAAGUACGGCGACGAUUCCAGAGAACGUCUCCAAGGGGCUUCAUAUUGCAGAGAAGACGACCAGUAAAGCCGUCGAGGCGACAGGAUUCGUUGCGGAAAAGCUGGGCGUUGCCACCUCAAAACUGGGUCACUUCCUUGCGCCUCACAUUCAGCGUCAAGGCACCAAACUGCUGAGCAAAGGGUUCAACAUGAGCGAGGCCGAAGCAUCGUCAAAGGUCAACGGCGUCCUCACGGUGGCGGCCGGCGCCGUCGAGGGUUUCGGCACGAUCUACACGGGUCUUGAGACGUCCGCCUCAAUACUCGGAUCGAAUCUCAAAGAAAACAGUGUGAGGAUCGUCAAACAUAAAUAUGGACAUUCCGCCGGGGAGGUGACUGGCACUACACUCAACACCGUCGGCAACGUGUGGAACAUCAGGAACAACGCUCGUUUCUUCACUCCCAAAGGGUUUGCCAAGUCGACUGCCAAGCAGACGGGACGUGCUCUGGUGCAGCAGGACUACGCCGGACCGUCGACGAGCAGCGGAUAUCCUCCAAACGUAAGAAACUCAAAUUCCUCGUUGAUUUCGGAUGACGAUGAGGUCGUCACCGCAGCAGCCGCCGGUUUAGUUAAUUUCGAAAAUAUCAUCCGAUCGCAAAAUGAUGGCCGUCCACCAAUCCACCCGCAGCUCUACCCUUCACUACCAACAGCCACAACAACAGCAGCAGCAACGACGAUGACGACGUCCACCGAUGGCAGCAAACAAUCUGAUGAAAAGGUCGAACUGCGAUAAAGUUUACCUGUUACUGUA